GGCGGCGCGGAGGCGCCCGGGAGGGGCCUGCGCCAGCCCCAGCCCCAGCCUCUGCACAAAGUGAAACUCCUGGAAGUUGCGGGCGCGGGAAGCCUGGCGGCCGCGGCCCGGGCGCCCAUGGCUCUGAGCAAAGGGCUGCGGCUGCUCCGGCGGCUGGAGGCCGCGGGCGACAGCAGCGUCCUGCUGGAGGCGCGCGGCCGCGGGGACUGCCUGCUCUUCGAAGCCGGCACGGUGGCCACGCUCGCCCCGGAGGAGAAGGAGGUCAUCCGAGGCCAGUACGGGAAGCUCACGGACGCUUACGGCUGCUUGGGGGAGCUCAGGCUGAAAUCCGGUGACGCGUCCCUGAGCUUCCUGGUUUUGGUGACGGGCUGCACGUCUGUGGGCAGAAUCCCGGAGGCUGAGAUCUACAAAAUCACCGCCACCGACUUCUACCCGCUGCAGGAGGAGGUGCGGGAGGAGGACCACCGGCUCACGGCCCUCAGGAAGAUCCUCAACUCGGGCGUCUUCUACUUCUCGUGGCCCAGCGACGGGUCCCACUUCGACCUCACCGUCCGGGCGCAGAAGCAGGGCGAUGACAGCCACGAGUGGGGGGACGCCUUCUUUUGGAACCAGCUGCUGCACGUGCCCCUGCGGCAGCACCAGGUGAGCUGCUGCGACUGGCUGCUGAAGGUCAUCUGCGGGGUGGUGGCCAUCCGCACGGUGUACGCCUCGCACAAGCAGGCCAAGGCCUGCCUCAUCUCUCGCAUCAGCUGCGAACGCGCCGGUGCGCGCUUCCACAUCCGCGGCGUGAACGACGAUGGCCACGUGUCCAACUUCGUGGAGACGGAGCAGACGAUCUACAUGGAUGACGGCGUGUCGUCCUUCGUCCAGAUCAGAGGCUCCGUCCCGCUGUUUUGGGAGCAGCCAGGGCUGCAGGUUGGGUCCCACCAUCUGAGACUCAACAGAGGCCUGGAAGCGAACGCCCCGGCUUUCGACAAGCAUAUGGUCCUGCUGAAGGAGCAGUAUGGGCAGCAAGUGGUCGUGAACCUGCUGGGGAGCAGGGGUGGUGAGGAGGUACUCAACAGAGCCUUCAAGAAGUUGCUCUGGGCUUCCUGCCACGCCGGCGACACGCCUAUGAUCAACUUUGACUUCCACCAGUUUGCCAAAGGCGGGAAGCUCGAGAAGUUGGAGAACCUCCUGAGGCCCCAGCUGCAGCUCCACUGGGAUGACUUCGACGUGUUCACCAAGGGCGAGGGGGUGAGUCCACGUUUUCAGAAAGGCACCCUGCGCAUGAACUGCCUCGACUGCCUGGACCGGACCAACGCCGUGCAGAGCUUCAUCGCACUCGAGGUCCUCCACCUGCAGCUCGAGAGCCUGCGGCUGAAUUCCAAGCCCAUUGCCGACCGCUUUGGGGAGUCCUUCAGAGCCAUGUGGUCCCUGAACGGGCACAGCCUGAGCAAGAUGUUCACGGGCAGCCGGGCCCUGGAGGGCAAGGCCAAGGUGGGGAAGCUGAAGGACGGGGCCCGGUCCGUGUCUCGCACCAUCCAGUCCAACUUCUUCGACGGGGUGAAGCAGGAGGCCAUCAGGCUGCUGCUGGUCGGGGACGUCUGCGCCGAGGAGUCCGCGGACAGAGGGAGGGUGCUUCUGGACAACGCAGCCCUGCUGGUGACUCCCAGGAUCCUGAGGGCGAUGCUGGAGCGGCAGUCGGAGUUCACGCGCCUCAAGCAGAUCCGCGUCGCCGUGGGGACCUGGAACGUGAACGGUGGGAAGCAGUUCAGGAGCAACCUCCUGGGGACGGCCGAGCUGGCCGACUGGCUGCUGGACUCGCCCAGGCUCUCGGGCGCCGCCGAGCCCCAGGAUGACAGCAGCCCAGCAGACAUCUUUGCCGUGGGGUUCGAGGAGAUGGUGGAGCUGAGCGCAGGGAAUAUCGUCAAUGCCAGCACCACCAACCGGAAGAUGUGGGGCGAGCAGCUGCAGAAGGCCAUCUCGCGCUCCCAUCGGUACAUUCUCUUGACCUCGGCGCAGCUGGUGGGCGUCUGCCUUUACAUCUUCGUGCGCCCCUACCACGUCCCGUUCAUCAGGGACGUGGCGAUCGACACGGUGAAGACGGGCAUGGGAGGCAAGGCUGGGAACAAGGGGGCCGUGGGCAUCCGCUUCCAGUUCCACAGCACCAGCCUCUGCUUCGUGUGCAGCCACCUGACGGCCGGGCAGUCCCAGGUGAAGGAGAGGAACGAGGACUACAGGGAGAUCACGCAGAAGCUGAGUUUCCCCAUGGGGAGAAACAUCUUUUCUCACGACUACGUGUUCUGGUGUGGCGAUUUCAACUACCGCAUUGAUCUCACGUACGAAGAAGUCUUCUAUUUUGUGAAACGCCAAGACUGGAAGAAACUUCUGGAAUUUGAUCAGCUGCAGCUGCAGAAGUCCAGUGGAAAAAUCUUCAAAGACUUCCACGAAGGCACCAUUAACUUCGGACCCACCUACAAGUAUGAUGUCGGCUCCGCGGCCUACGACACCAGCGACAAGUGCCGCACCCCCGCCUGGACAGACAGGGUCCUGUGGUGGAGGAAGAGGCACCCCUUGGACGGGAUGGCCGGAGAAGUCAACCUCCUGGACAACGACCUGGAUGCGGACUCCAAGGUCAGACACACCUGGUCUCCCGGCACCCUCAGGUAUUACGGCCGAGCAGAGCUGCAGGCGUCCGAUCACAGACCCGUGCUGGCCAUCGUGGAGGUGGAAGUUCAAGAAGUGGACGUGGGUGCUCGGGAGCGGGUGUUCCAGGAAGUGUCCUCUUUCCAGGGCCCGCUGGACGCCACCGUCGUCGUCGACCUCCAGUCGCCGACGCCGGAGGAGCAGACCGAGUUCCCCGAGGACGUGCGCGCCGAGCUCAUGCAGACCCUGGGGAGCUAUGGGACCAUCGUUCUCGUCAGGAUCAACCAAGGGCAGAUGCUGGUGACUUUCGCAGACAGCCACUCGGCGCUCAGCGUUCUCAAUGUGGACGGCAUGAAGGUGAAAGGCCGGGCAGUGAAGAUCCGGCCGAAGACCAAGGACUGGCUCAAAGGUCUGCAGGAGGAGAUCUCCCGGAAGCGGGACAGCAUGGCCUCCGUGUCGCCCACGGCCAACUCCUGCCUGCUGGAGGAGAACUUCGACUUCACGAGCUUGGACUACGAGUCAGAAGGGGAUAUUCUCGAAGACGAAGAAGACUAUUUGGAUGAAAUAAGCCAGACCGUGGUCUCAGACAGUGACCUGGCGGGGGACGACCUUUCCGACGCUUCCGGCUCCACGGCAGCGGCACCGCCCGGCAAGUCCCCUGCGCUCACCAAGAAGAAGCAGCACCCAACCUACAAAGGUGACGCCGACCUGGCGGAGUUAAAGCAGGAGCUGGAAGCUGUUGGGGACCGCCACCGUUCUCCAAGUAGGUCUCUGUCGGUUCCCGGUCGGCCUCCGCCGCCGCGCCCGCCGCAGAGACCCCCCCCUCCAACGGGCUUCAUGGUGAAAAAGUCGGCCUCGGACGUGUCCAUCUCCUCCGGCACCCACGGGCAGUACUCGAUUCUGCCGACAGCGAAGCUCCUGCCGGGAGCGCCUCAGCAGGCGCCCAAAGCGAGGACUGGGAUAAGCAAACCCUACAACGUCAAGCAGAUCAAAACUACCAACGCUCAGGAGGCGGAAGCAGCAAUCCGGUGUCUCCUGGAAGCCAGAGGAGGCGCGCCAGGAGAAGCCCUAGACGCCACGGCCCUGAGGGACCAGGGGUCUUCCAAACCAGAGCCCACUGCAGGGGCGGCCCCGCCCCUGCCCCGUCGGCCAGCGCCCAGAGUCCCUGCCAUCAAGAAGCCAACCUUGAGGAGGACCGGGAAGCCCACGUCACCGGAAGAACCACAGGGGCAACAGCCGGUCCACUUUACGAUUGGGCCCCCCGAGACGAGCCCCGAAGCCCCUCCUCUCGUGGCAGCCCCUCCUGUCCCCAAACCGAGAACGCUGCAUCCUGGGAAAGGUGCCGAGAGGGGGCCCGGCGUGGAAAAGCCAGCCGAGGAUGAGGCCCCCGCCGCCACCGUGGCCUCCCUCCUGGAAGCCCCGCCCCUUGCGCCCCAGGCGCCCCCGAGGAGGAAGAAGUCCGCCCCCGCGGCCUUCCACCUGCAGGUUCUGCAGACACACAGCCAGCUGCUCCAGGGGCUCGGCGGCCCCCCUGCGCACCAGCCUGACCGGGGCUCGCCCUUUCCACAGCCGGCCUUCCCGGGCCCUUCGUCAGCUGCAAGCCCCGAGACCCACGGCCCCAAGGGGCCGAAGCCAGAGGCGGCCCCCCUUCUGGGCGGCUGUCAGGACCCCUUCUGGAGCCUUCUCCACCACCCCAGCCUGCUGAACAACACCUGGCUCUCCAAGAGCUCUGACCCCCUGGACGCGGGGACCAGGAACCUCGGAAGGGUGCACACAGCCCCACCGCAACUCAGCGGCUCAGCUGCCGAGGCGGGGCCGCCGCCGGAGCCCAGGCAAAAAGACUUGGGUCCCUGGGCCGCCGUCAGCGACGAGGACAAGAGGACAGUGCUGGAGGUGUUCGACCCGCUGGCGGAAACCUGAGUGGGAGCCCCGGACAGCGCCCUCGUGGAACGUGCGCCUUCUUCCCUCUGGCAUCGCCAUGCAGAGACAGGCCCCGGGGCCUCGCCCCCCCCCCCCCCCCGGUCAAAAGCCACCCCUGCCUAGGGCACGCUGAGAAGACACCCCUACCUGUCACUCGUGCCGUGUGCGCGAGUCCUGCCUCGCGUGCAGCAAGGUGACGCUGCAGCCACCGAGAAACGUCUCCUUCCGGACUCGCGCAGUUCAGGUUCCCUCUCGGGGGUGCGGGACACUGCCCAUGGGAGUCGGCGUGCGGGUUUUAGAAAAGGGAGUUAGCGGAGCGUGCCUAAUAAGUCCUCUCCCGUCGAAUUUUAAAUGGCUGUUCAAUGUA